AAAUCGAUCUCAAUUAAUCAUUCACUCAUAGAACAACAACUGAACUCAUUUUAAAUAGGACCACUUGCGAAAAUGGUAUCGUCUAUUGGACUUGCAGUAAUAUUAGCUGCUAUAUUAUACGUUUGUGCGACGGAAACGCAUAAUGAAACACAUAAAUGUGAAGAUAUACUGGUACACGAUAAGCCACACAAGAAACAUAUCGUGAGCAAAGGGCUAAAUCGUCCAUAUCAACUGGCUUUUGAUAAACACGAGCACAGAAUUUUCUUUAGCCACAAUAUUGGCUCGGAUAACGAAGACGAGUUUGAAAUUGGAUACAUUGAGAAGAAUCAGAUGUUGCCAAAAACUGUGGCUUCUGUGAUAAAUGGAUUCGCUAUUGCUGUUGAUAACAAUGACGAUGUUAUAUAUUAUGGAGGUAGUGAAGGAAUAUACAAAGAAAACCUUAAAGGUAUGGAAGCUGUGAAUGACACAAAGAAAGUCCAUGAAGUUGUAAAGGGUCAUAAUAUAUGGGACAUGUUUUACAAACACGCACUGUAUUUCAUAACUUAUCCAACGCAGCAUUUGUAUAAGUUGACAUCAAAGAAUGAAAUUGAACGCCAGAAACAUGUACACGAAGAAAUUUAUCAAUUCGCUAUUGAUGGCCACGAUGAUACGUUUAUAACGAAUGAAACAGGAUUGUUUUUAAUUAAGAACGAAACAAAAGAAAGAAUAUUAUACAAAGGACCAAAAGUUUUUCGUGCUAUUGAAAUAAAUAAUAAAGGAACGGCCUACUUUAGUGGUAAGAAUGGAAUUUACGUGGCAAAUAAAACUCAUCACGCUCUAGACUUGGUUGUAAAGGUCAAAAAUAUUUUCGGUUUGGCUUUCGAUAAUGAUGAUAAUAUUAUAUAUUCGAAUCCUCAUGCGAUUGUGAAGCUACUACCUGGGAAAUGUGACUGAGGUAAAAUUUAAGUAAAAAGUUACUACACAUUUCGUAGAAAUUCAUUAAUCCUUUUUAAAAUUUGAUAAUAUCUGUAGAGAACUGUGAAUUUAUUGUAAACUGUAUUAUAUUGUUAAAAUUAAUUGUCAAAAUGUUUAUUUUUAAAUUAAAAUUACAGUAUAAACU